CCGGUUCAAACCGAGACAGAGCGAACGAGAUGGGCUCCUCUGCCUCGAUCCUUUCUUCCUUCGUCGCAUCUUCAUCUUUCUCCGCCGCGUCCUCGCCGCCUCCUUCGCCACCUCCUUCGCCGUCGCGCUACAGCUACGGAGGGAGCACCAACGGAGAAGAGAGACCUCGCUACUUCGACGCGAAGACGAAGAGCUUGUGCUGGGCAAACGCCGAUAUCAUCCCUGGUCGACACCCCGAGAGGUGGCGCAAAGACGCCGCCGGAAACAUUGUCUGCAAGCGGUUCUGUAAUUGCAGUGGAUGUCUCUGCUUCGAGUACGAUCACAUUGUUCCUUACUCCAAAGGAGGAGAAUCAACCUUGGAAAAUUGCCAGAUUCUGCAGACUAGAGUGAAUAGGCUAAAAUCCGCCCAAGAAAAGCUGGAUGCGAACAAACUUAAAGGCUACUCCUGUGACAUUCAAUUUACCGACAAGGAGCUUGACAUUAUCGAAAUGGCGGUCUAUGGAGAUGUGAUAAGACCAGGAAAAGAAUGCCGGUGCAGGACCGUGGCCGAGGUGCUCGGUCAGUACAAGCCCAAAGACCACAAAGCUCCAUGUGAAUUGCCCACACAGUAACCAAUCCAUCACUCUUUACCAUUCUUCUCUCAACUCCUGAUGAAAAUUUCAGGUUAAAUUCUGGAUCCUAUGAUUAAUAACAUCGAUUCUUCUGAGAUCUUGUCAAUUUGUUGUCUUGUUCAUCGGAAAAAAAACUGGCUUGCUUUACAGUUAAAGAGGUAACCAAAUUGUACAAUAAGUAACACCAUUGCUUGUCACUCUGAAUAUCUGACGAGGGUUCUACACAAGUUUCU